AUCAAAGUGAAAACUGGAAUGGAGGACGUUGAGAGGCUGUCAAACUGCACGAUAAGGAGAUUGGAGGAGAUGACAUUUGAAAUCCUGGAGUACCAAAAUGAGUUCCUCAAACUUCUUUUGGUCGAAGAGCAGGCUUCCAGUUCACUCUACGAAAGCGAUCACAGCUUUCGCGUCAACACUUUCCGUGGAGAUUGUCUUAAUAAGUUCAAACAGUAUGACGAUAUGAAGACAAAGUUCGUUCAGGACAUCAAGAAACUCUUGGAUGAAAUAAUGAAAGAAUACGGAACCUUAAAAGACGCGAUGAAAAAAGCAAACGAAGUCACAAAUUGAAUAAUUAAACAAAACUAGCAAUUCAAACUACCACAUAAAAACACGGUACAAUUUCAUGAAGUAUGAUGAAUUAAAUCAAUCAAAAACUGCGCGAUGAUAAAUUUUUGGUGAUCUGUUCCAAAUAUGGGUACAAUUUUUAUCCCUGUUAAUAAUUCUGUUCUUUCGUUUUUUCUGCAGCCAGGUCUGCAGCGUAAUUCAUUAGCCUGCUUGUUUUCACCAGUGCCAAGAAAAAUAUUGUUGAAAUUCUGGAUUUCUGUGCGUCGGUUUUUGAAAAAUCAAGCGGCGUGUUGGGCAUAAAAAAACUUGAUAUCUGAUUAAACAAAAAGAGUAUUAUCAUAAAGCGUAAUUAGACUUUUAGAAACAAUUUUUUGUCCAGAAAACAUGGACUAUCAUGCUAGCAAAACGCUUGCGAAGCUCAAAUUUUGAGUUCAAUCGGUCCGUUGCAGAUUAUGAAG